AUGCCUGAAGACAUCUGUCUCUAUGUGCCUCAUUGUCCUCUUCAGAGCAGCACAAGAGGUUCUUCAUGGACCCCUCCUGCGAAUGGGACACUGGCUGCUGAUUUUUCUGAGCCUGAAGAUAUAGAUAGUAACAUUGGGACAUACACAGCCCAGAGCUGGAAAGAAAAAACCCAGAAAUAUAUGUCUGAACCAGAAGAUUUUAAUAGGAAUACAAAAGUACUGUCAUCUCUGGAUUUGAAAGAGAAAGAUGGCAUAAAUCCAAGGCACCCAGAAGACAAGCUUGAACAAGGAUUAAAGGAGGCAAAAAAGAGGCCGGUGCUUUGUACUCAACAGCGACCCUUGUCGUACGAUUCAAACAGGACGAACUUAGGUGGAACCAGUCCAGGGUAUCGAAACAAAGGAGCACUGUGGGCUUCAGAGGAGGAUGCUGACUGGAGAAAAGAUGUGUUCAAACUAUCUGUUUGUCCCAUGCCUCACUUAUUUGCAGAUGAUGCUCCAUCAGCUUUGCCAGUUGACAUGAAAGAUGCUCUGAGGCGUCCAGAUGCAGUUGCCAGGGAGCACGCAGCUGGCCGACCGAAAUCACCACUGAGGCUCAUAGCCAAUGCCAUCAAAAGGUCCAUUCUGGAGCCUCUAACCUCAUCUCCAGAAGGACUAAAGCAGGACUCGGACAGCAAAGUCAAAGCCUCUUCAGAGCAAGCUUUCUUCAGCUUCCCCAGUACUCCUGGCUGUUCCCUAAGCCAAAGGAACAGUAACAGAGCAAAUAACACUCAGCCACAGGACCUUAAAGUAGGGGAGUGGGCAGGAGAAUAUUUAGGAAAUGGGAGCCCUUUCUCAAAUCCAUCUAACUAUUCUGUAGGUUCUGAAGAGAGAUCUCUAAGGGAUUACAGUGAGGAGGUAUCCUUCCCAGUCUACAGUCCUCACACCAGGCCUUCCAAGACAACCAGUAUACCUCAGAAAUCAUCUUGCACUAGGAUGGAGGAUGUCCCAGGACUCCUAGAAAAGUUUAGCUUUAAAGAGACUCCUCUACGGACUCCCAUGGAUGACAUGCAUAUCCGCAAUGAAAAGUACCUCCUUCUUUCAUCUCCAGAGCCCAAGAACACCUCCAAGGACAAUCUAGAUGACUCUGCCCAGAAGGGUAGUCUUGGGUCACUCUUCGAUAGACUGAGAAGUAAAGUUCGUGACAGAGAAGGGAAUUCCUUUGUGUCAUCUCUGCCUUUCAUGAAGGACCGUUCUCCAGAAGACAGGCUGUGUUAUCCUUCCACAGGAUGUGAACGCCUACCUGUCAGAAAACAAGCUACCGAGUAUUUUACGUCUUCCUCCGAUGAUGAAUUUCAAUCCCAGCCUUCAUUAACACACAAGGCAAAAAGGACUCUCAGAAGGAGAAGGAAGCUCGAGAAGGAGACAAAGCAAUUAAUUAAACAAGAGGAGCUGAAGAGGCUUCACAAAGCACAGGCAAUCCAGCGCCAACUGGAAGAAUUGGAGGAAAGACAAAAAGCUCUGGAGAUUUUUGGUGUCAAACUGGAGAGAGAACUAAGAGGAGAAUCAGAUUCAGGCACAAAGGAUGAAACUCAGAUGCUACAUGAAUGGUUUGAGCUGGUCCUGGAGAAGAAUAAAUUAAUGCGUUACGAGUCUGAGCUCCUGAUUAUAGCCCAAGAGUUAGAACUGGAGGAUCACCAAAGCAGGUUGGAACAAAAGCUGAGAGAGAAAAUGGCCAUUGAUGACAGCCUUAAAGAUGAGACGGAUCUGAAUGAGGAGGAUGAAAUUUUUACUGAGAUGAUGAAAGUGGUUGAAGAAAGGGACAAACUCGUGUCUACCUUAGAGGAGCAGAGAGUGAAAGAAAAAGCAGAAGACCAGCACUUUGAAAGCAUUAUGUUAUCUAGAGGCUAUCAGCUGAGCAGGAUUUAA